CACAUGAUCUCCAAAAUGGCGACCUCCUUCCACUUCACGAAAGAUCCUCCUCCUGAUUCAAUGUUUGCAGAAAUACAAACUCUGAAUAAAUUUAACGAUGAGCAAUUUACCCAACUGGUUCAGAUUGUGUUCCAGUUUCUACUAGAACCAAAUAAGUCCAGCAGACUUAUCGAACAGUUGGAAGAAUUUUCAUCGCAACAUGGAGUUAGUGCUGCAGCUUUGAAAAAUGUCAUCAAAAGUUUACUGACAAUUCCAAACAGUGCACUACGGAAGAAUCUAGGACCAACACAGUUAAAGGAAGAUUUUUUAACUUUAGGUUUAGCAGAAGAAAAGUCAACCUAUUUUGCUGAGCAGUGGCAACAAAACCUCUUGGCCCUCUCAAGGACAGCCUUAGGUCAGACACUGAUGGUCAACCAACUACUGGACAUGGAGUGGAAGUUUGGGGUGACAGCCGCCAGCAGUGAACUAAACCAGGUUGGAAACACUUUCAUUCAGCUCAAGUUGGUGGUUAAUAAAGGAAACAAAACAGAGAAUGUAUAUAUGGAGCUGACCCUGCCUCAGUUUUAUUCCUUCCUUCAUGAGAUGGAAAAGGCCAAAGCUAGUCUGGAAUACUUCAGCUGAUGUUCCACUGUUUCUUAACUGACUGUUAAAAACUACUAUUGACUUUUA